GCGUUGUUGUGUUUCAAUUGCAAGCUUCACGCGCUUUCAUCCGUGCGAGCCAUGUCUGCUGCACAGAUACAGGAACUCUUCAAGAAGUUCGACAAGGAUGGCAAUGGCAGGAUAUCCGUGUCAGAGCUGCAAAAUGUGCUGAUGUGGAUCAACAAGGACAUCACCGUGGCAGAGAUCGGCAAGAUCCUCCGCGAGGUGGACACAAACAACGAUGGGGCCAUUGACUACAACGAGUUUGUUGCCUGGACUCAGGGGGGCAAGAAGUGCCUCUCCAAGAAGAAGCCCAGCCUGGUGCCGGACCUGCAGCGCGCCUUGGAGAAGAGCCAAGAGGAGGCCAAAGCGGCCGCGGCCAUUCCCUUCGACGCCGUGAUGACCAUCACCUACAUGGGUGAAAUCAAGCAGUUCGACAAGAGCGGAGGCAUGUUGGAAUCCAUGGGCGUGCGAACCCCGGCCAACCAACGAUACACCAGCGUCGAAGAAGACAUCAAGCACCUCGAGAAGGUCAAGGACCCGCACAAGUUGAACCUGAACUGCUUCGCGGUGGACUGGGGAUCUAGGAACAUCGUCACGGGCUCCGCGGAUCAUAGCCUGAAGAUGUGGAACUUCUACGGGAAUGUGCUGCGAACCUACUCGGGUCAUGCCUCGGAAGUGCUGUCGGUGGAUGUGGACUGGAAGAACCACCGCAUGCUCAGCGGGUCCCUGGGCUCGGAUCUGAAGAUCUGGCGCCUGGACAACUCCGCGCCUUUGCGCGGCUGGCGGGGCUCCAGCUCCGGUGGCAUCGCCUGCAUGAAUGUGAGCUGGCGCAUGUUCAAGGCGGUGUUCGGCUGUGGAAACAACUUGGAAGUGCGGGACGUGUCCUUGCGGCCAGAGGAGGCGGAGGUGGAUCCGCCCCUGGUGCUCACCGGGCACAGGGCGCCCGUGACCGCCGUGGUCACCGACUGGGGGGAGGGCUGGGCCAUGUCCGGGUCCCUUGACAAAUCCCUGCGGCGCUGGGACAUCAAGGCCGGCACGGCUCUUCAGACCUUCCUGGCGCCCGCGCCGAUCAGGUGUUUGAGCUUGGCCUCGCCCGGCUGCUUGCUGACGGGGGACGAGUGCGGCAACAUCCAGAUUUGGGACACCCUGGGCACUGUCCAGCAGGUGCUGACUGCGCACAAGGAGGGCGUGAUCUGCCUGUCACAAGUGCACGAAGGUCACUUUGUGAGCGGAGGACGGGACGGUAAGGUGAUGUACUGGCGACUGCCGGAUGGCGCCUGCUUGCGCACCCUGGAGGUCGCGGAAAUCACGGCAGGCGUGUGGGUCGUCGGGGUCGCCGCCCUGCCGGAGAAGCAGACGGACGACCAGCGGAAGGUACUGGCCAAUGCUCGCCAUGGGACUUUCGUUGAGGCGCCGUGACGUUUUGCUCAGAAAUCGGCCAGGUGACCCCUGAGUCCCUACUUCCGGA